GUUUGGGAGGAAAUAAAGCUACGUCCCCAGAUGAACUUGGGACUCCAUGAGCUGGUUAGCAGACAGGAGCAUAUGGUCAGGCCAUCUGUAUGAGGCUGUGGUACUUCGUAAAUGCUCAUCUCUCUUCCCUGCUGCAUUUCCGAGCCUACAGCUGCGGCAUCCCUGCCUACCCACCUUAUGUGGCUCGGGUGGUCGGAGGUGAAGAUGCCAAUCCCCACAGCUGGCCCUGGCAGAUUUCCCUCCAAUACGAUAACAGUGGCGUCUGGGCUCACACAUGUGGCGGGACCCUUAUUGCUACCAACUGGGUCCUCACUGCGGCCCACUGCAUCAGCAGCAGCAGAACAUACCGAGUUCUACUGGGGAAACAAAACCUGGAGGUCGAGGAACCUGGCUCUGUGGCUGCUGCUGUGGAGAAGAUCAUUGUCCAUGAGAGAUGGAACUCCUUCCUGAUCGCCAAUGAUAUUGCCCUGAUCAAGCUGGCUGAGCCUGUGGAAGUGAGCGAGAUGAUCCAGCCAGCCUGCCUGCCUGCAAGCGGCGCCAUCCUGCCGCAAGACUUCCCCUGCUACAUCACCGGAUGGGGACGCCUCUGGACCGACGGCCCCAUCUCUGAUGAUCUCCAGCAGGCAUUGCUGCCUGUGGUGGACCAUGCCACUUGCAGUCGGUGGGACUGGUGGGGCUUCAGAGUCAGGAAAACCAUGGUCUGUGCCGGAGGAGAUGGAGUCGUUUCUGGAUGCAAUGGAGAUUCUGGAGGCCCACUGAACUGCUAUGGUGCUGAUGCUUGGGAAGUACAUGGCAUUGUAAGCUUUGGGUCUGGGCUGAGCUGCAACACUCUUAAGAAGCCAACUGUCUUCACCCGGGUGUCUGCCUACAUUGACUGGAUAAAUGAGGUAGGUGUCGGCCCAUUAAAGCAAAGCAUCAGGUGCUUAACUAGGUUUCUGCACACUUACGUGAAAUGCUCUUCUCGGACCUAUCAAGUGCUUCUUGGCAAAUACAACCUAAAGGCUACUGAAGAAGGAUCGGUUACCGUCAGUCCACAAAAAAUCAUUGUCCAUGAAGGCUGGAACUCAAACCGUGUUGCAAACGGCCAAAUUCCAGCUAUUGCAAUUGAAUUCAAUUCAUUGUCUGCAUGGCAGAGCCGUGCACUGCUUAACAGCUGCCUUGCUCAACCCAACAGCUUCUCCUGCAUCUUAGCAGAGGGUGAAGAGAGCUCUCACCAGACAGCAAACGGCGCUCUCCCAGACAUAUUGCAGCAAGGGCCAUUGGUCGUGGUGGAUUACGCCACCUGUUCCCUGCCUUCCUGGUGGGGUAGCACAGUAAAAACCACCAUGGUCUGUGCAGGCGGCGAUGGGGUGAUCUCCAGCUGCAACGGGGAUUCUGGUGGCCCACUGAACUGCAGAAGUGCUGAUGGUACGUGGGAAGUGCGUGGCAUAGUCAGCUUCGGCUCCUCGCUAGGCUGUAAUUAUUACCGCAAACCCUCCGUCUUCACUCGAGUCUCCGCUUUCAACAGCUGGAUCGCUACGCUACACGGUGCCAUGAUCGGUAUCCUGUUCGCUAUCCUGACGCUGGCCUCUGGGGCCCUCAGUUGUGGGGAUCCCGCCUACCCGCCUCUCUUGACCAGAGUGGUUGGAGGAGAAGAUGCAAGACCAUUCAGCUGGCCCUGGCAGGUGUCUCUGCAAUACAGUUCCAGUGGUAACUGGUAUCACACCUGUGGGGGAACCCUCAUUGCACCCAACUGGGUCCUGACAGCUGCUCACUGCAUCAGCUCUUCUCGGACCUAUCAAGUGCUUCUUGGCAAAUACAACCUAAAGGCUACUGAAGAAGGAUCGGUUGCAGUCAGUCCACAAAAAAUCAUUGUCCAUGAACUCUGGGACUCAAGCCGUCUUGCAGAUGGCAACGACAUCGCUUUGAUCAAACUCUCCCAGAGCGUUGCCCUGAGCAAUCAAAUCCAGCCAGCCUGCCUCCCUCCAGCAAAUAGUCUCUUGGCCUCUGGCGUGGUCUGCUAUGUAACAGGAUGGGGAAGGCUGCAGACAAACGGCGCUCUCCCAAAUAUAUUGCAGCAAGGGCCAUUGGUCGUGGUGGAUUACGCCACCUGUUCCCUGCCUUCCUGGUGGGGUAGCACAGUAAAAACCACCAUGGUCUGUGCAGGCGGCGAUGGGGUGAUCUCCAGCUGCAACGGGGACUCCGGUGGCCCACUGAACUGCAGAAGUGCUGAUGGCACGUGGGAAGUGCGUGGCAUAGUCAGCUUCGGCUCCUCGCUAGGCUGUAAUUAUUACCGCAAACCUUCCGUCUUCACUCGAGUCUCCGCUUUCAACAGCUGGAUCGCUACGGUAAGGGUCUAG